CACAAUUGACUGACAACUUUGAAGCUGUUGCCGAAAUAGUUUGGCAACUGGAUCAGCUGUCUGAGUUUCUUCAACUGCUUAGACUGAUAUUUUGUGAUAUAAAAUCGAAGUUCAUCAGGUGUCUUAUCAACACAGGCAAGAACUCUAUGGCUAACAGCACCAUAAAAAUUACUCCUAAUACCACAAGUGACGAGGAAUGGAUGUCAUACUCUAAAUCCGAGUGUAUUCCGUGGCUUGUUCUGCUCAUCGUUGAAUGUCUGGCCAUAGUCAUCCUUAAUGGCGUCAGUGCUGCUGUACUCUUGAAGAAGCACCAGCUGCAGCGCAGGGGUACAUGCUUGAUCAUCCACCUGGCGAUAGUUGAUCUUCUAGUGGGAGCAGUGGCUGGACCUGUGUUUAUUAACAGGGUAGGAGCUUUCUGUGAUCUGUGGGAGGACACAGUCUGGUCUAAGAAGUACUCUUGGAUGAAUUAUUUUACGAUAGCAUUGGGGCAGUCCCUCCCUAAUUUGUCACUUUUAAAUCUCGCGGUUAUUUCAUUAGAGCGGGUGCAUGCAACCUUUUUUCCUUUCAAGUAUCAUGUCGUUAAGAAAUGGGUCUAUGGAGUUAUAGUUGGUGUAACUUGGUUAAUAUCUGUGACCGCUGCUAUACUGGGGAAAGAUAUAGGCACAAAAGGCCGCCACAUUAUGUAUUUUUCGUUUUUUGCAGUUCUUCUUUUUGUAAUUUCUGUUUCUUACAUCUCAAUUUUUGUCAAAGUCCGUUUCUGUCAUCGUCUCCCAAAUCACGGCUCAUCAAGUGUAAUGGAUCGAAAAUUAACGAAUACGUUGUUUAUGGUGACUCUUGCAUCCAUAUUUACUUGGCUUCCAUUGAUAAUUGGACGAAGCUUAAGCAGUUUGAACCCCCAGUUACUUAAAAACCUUAACCGGAUAAAAAUUGCUGAUAAUCUAAUAAAGUUCUCAGCGCGACGGGUGUCUUGGUUAAACAUAAAAUUUUUAUGCUAA